AUGGUGCACCACAACUCUCUGUACCUGUGCUCGAAUCUCGUCCAGCGCGGCAACAGCCGCGUCGGCAUUUGGCGCUUCCUGAUGGACGACAUCGUCGCCGAGGCCAGGCGUUGCCGCCAUCUCAUAUGCGUUUACUGUCAACGCCCGGGCGCCAACAUAGGCUGCUGCAAGUCCGGAUGCCGUCGAACAUUUCACACAAAGUGCGGCAUCAAGAAUCUCGCCCAGAACCAGUUCCGUGGGACAUACAAGUCGUACUGCCACCGCCAUGUGAUCACCCAUCGCCGUCGUCCGACCAGCUCGGACUCCAUCUGUGUCAUCUGCACAGAGCUGCUGGUCGAGGAGGGUGAGCGCUUCAAUGUGAUGAACAUGCUUUAUUCGCCAUGCUGCCGGAACGGCUGGUACCACCGCAGAUGCCUGCAUGUGUACGCUAACACUUCCGGGUACUUCUUGAAGUGCCCACUAUGCAACAACAACGAGGAGUUCCACGACGUGACCCUCUGGGGCUUCGCAUUGUCUAGCCAGGACGCCACUUGGCAGACCGAGCCCAAUGCAUUCGCCGAACAUUUCCGUCGCGACAUGGUGUGCGUUGCCGAAAAAUGCAUCGCGCUGGCCGGCCGCACAGACAAUUCAAUACUUCUGCUGUACUGCAACACUUGCGGCUCCAGUCCGGCACACGCCUUGUGCAUCGGCCAAGUUGUCUCGCCCGUUCCGCCGUCCCUGGUUGAAUCUGAGAACGAGUCGGUGAACUCCGACGACAGCGACACUUUCGAGUCGAUCGCUCAGGCGGCUUCCAACCAUACACCCCCAAGAAAUCAGAGCCCAACCACCUUGACCAUUGAGCGCGAUAAUGUGCAGCCCAAGCUGUAUUCCUCCGGCUGGGAUCUUAAUGAUGGCAAUGACACCGAGGACGAUGAGGAAGUGUUCCAGCGUGCGGCCGAAAUGCAGGAACGUCAGCAGACAAUCGCCGAGUUAUCCGAGGAUUCGUCCGAUGAGCAGCCAUCUACCUCUGCGGCGGCUGCGCAGUUAUUAGUUAUCCGCAGGUCCACCCGUUCCACUGCGGCGAGCGGAUCGUCUCGAGCUGCACCACGUCGCAGCAGCCUCAGACUGUGGGCCCAAAACAACCAAGAACGGCUGCUUGUGCUCCACCACUCCGGAGGCCGCCCCCCGUCGCUCCAACGCCCAAUCGCCACCAGGGAGAAACAUGCGCCGCAGGACCAUGGCCGGCCCGAAUCCGACUCGCUUGCCUAG